CCGCCGCCUUCGUUUCUAUAAAUAAUCCUGGCAUCGCCUCCGAAACGCUGACUAUCGUUUGUGGACGUUCUCAUCAACAAACUUCUUGAGCACACCGUUGCCGGCUGAACACUUCCGACAAAACCGAAAAUAAGAUGACCGGAACACUGUCAUUGAGAUUGUUUACCGUGGCGCUAGUGGUCACUGGCUGUUUGGCAGCCAUCAACGAAGUCAAAUCAAACAACCCGGUCACGCAGAAACCCGGUCGGUUCCUCAGUCUACCUGUUGCCGAAAAAUGUAGUCAAAGACCCAAAGAGUUUACUUACAAGGGGCGCAAUUACUUCUUCAGCGGACACACGCAACAGUGGAAAACUUCAAAAGUCGACUGGUUGGAAGCAAGAAAUAUCUGUCGCGAACACUGCAUGGAUCUGGUGUCCAUCGACAACCAAGAAGAAAACAAUCUCAUGUUCAGGCUCGUCCAACAGAACGACGUGCCGUACAUAUGGACCAGCGGUAGACUGUGCGACUUCAAGGGAUGCGAAAACCGAUCGGACUUGGAACCGAAGACCGUGAACGGAUGGUUCUGGUCGGCGACCCGGAACAAGAUACCGGCCACCAACCAGAUACCGGUUAACUGGUCGUACAACCCGUGGAGCCGGGGCGGACACAAGAAGUCACCGCAACCGGACAACGCCGAGUUCGACAUCAACGGCACCGUCGAGUCUUGUUUGGCUGUGCUCAACAACGUGUACGGCGACGGCAUCGCGUGGCACGACAUCGGGUGUUAUCACGAGAAGCCGUUCGUUUGCGAGGACAGCGACGAACUUCUCAACUACGUGGCAGCCACCAACCCGGGCCUGAAGCUAUAAUAAUAGAAAGAAAAAAAAACACUUGACCUCUCUUUUUUUUUUUACUUUUAAGUAUUAUUAAUAUAGAUGUAUAAUAAUAUUUCAUAACUGAAGAGCUCGGUGCGACAAAAAAAAAAACAUGGAUAACUGAUAAGAAAGACAAAUCAGCUGAUAAGAGAUUGUUGACAAGAGAAUCGCCCGGUUUCGUGACGUCACAAUGAUGCGAAAACGUCCACGAACGUUGGAGAUUCACAACUGAAAAAAUAUAAAUCCAUGUUAAAACCAAUAGACAAAAUCCGUUUUGUCCCUAUACUAUCGGAGCGAAUGGGAUGAAAAGAAAAAUUGAUUUUUGCACCAAGCCCUUCGGUUUAAUGUUAAAACCAUCCAUCCCCCUCAUCUCCACCCCGCCGUCGUUUAGAUCAUGCCAUUUGUUUAUCCGCGUCGUGCGGGAAACUCCAUUUUUAUAUAUACCUAUAUAUAUUUGUCAUAUUAUAUUAUUAUUAUUAUUA